UUCACACAAACCGGCGUGUUUGUCAGAGCGACUGACAGACUGGCUGAGAGCAGUUCAUAAAGAAAGAGGCAGCCAGCGACAGGGACUCAUGCUCAGAUCCACAACUCGCUGAAUGUGCUUGUUGCCGUGGAGACGCUGAUGAGCCAGAAUAAGGAGGCGAGAAGGAGGAUUCCCCAAUCAGACAGUCCUGAACUGAAGAAGCACUCUGAACCAGACAUGGACCACCAGCAGCAGCACGCCAAAGUGGAGCGAUUUCUCAAGUUAGGAUACUCUCAUAGUGACAUCCUGAGGGUGCUGGAGAGCCUCCGCCACGACGCCCAGACCAACGACAUCCUGGAGGAGCUGAUCAAGACCUGCCACACUCGCAGCAACAAGAGCAUCCCGAACAGCCCCAAACUGGUGCCCAGAGGCUGCAGUCCGAAUCCCAACCCGACCAAACCAGGACCAGACAGAGAGCCGGCUGCUGGAUUCAGACCGGUGGUGAUAGAUGGCAGCAAUGUAGCCAUGAGCCAUGGCGACAAGAAGGUGUUUUCGUGUCAGGGCCUCCAGCUGGCAGUGAACUGGUUCUGGGACAAAGGGAUGCGAGACAUUACGGUGUUCGUUCCCCUGUGGAGGAAGGAGCUGCCGCGGCCUGAGGCGCCAAUCACAGAUCAACAUAUUCUCCACGAGCUGGAGAGGAAGAAGAUCCUGGUGUACACGCCAUCCCGUUGCGUAAACGGCAAGAGGGUGGUGUGCUACGACGACCGCUACAUCGUGAAGCUGGCCUUCGACUCAGAUGGCAUCAUCGUGUCCAACGACAACUAUCGCGACCUGCAGACUGAGAAUCCCCAGUGGAAGAAGUUCAUAGAGGACAGGCUGCUGAUGUAUACCUUCGCCAAUGACAAGUUCAUGCCUCCAGAUGAUCCUCUGGGCAGAAAUGGUCCCACUAUUGAUGAUUUUCUAAGGAAGAAGCCAUGGACCACAGACAACAAGCUGCAGCACUGUCCAUACGGAAAGAAGUGUACUUAUGGAGUAAAGUGCAAGUUCUACCAUCCAGAGAGGGCAAACCAGUCGCAGCUGUCUGUGGCCGACGAACUGAGAGCUCUGAGGGACAGAGCCAAGAACUUCUCCCCUGCUUCAUAUCCGGAGGUCAGAUUCACCUCGUCCACCCCUCCACCCCUGAACACAGAUGACCACAGGGCUUCACCCAGCGAGCAGUCCGUCUGUCAGAGGGACUCCAGCAGUCCAAGAAGCCAACCAUACACCAGCCUGCACCACUGCCCGAGCCUGGACGUAGAUGAAGCCUUUAGCUCCAUGGAGAGCUCCAUGUCCAGGCUCUACAUCCAAGACAACCCCUAUAGCUUGGAGCAACCGCUGCACAGCUACAGCAGUGGCGUUGCCAGCUACAGCCUGAGCCAUGAUGACUACUCCCUCCCGGGUUCAUAUGGUGGGAACCAGCAGCCCUGCCUGAGCGGAGGAGGUCACUACCCUCAUAACAGCUCGUUGUCCUGCGACUGCUCCAUGUGCAACCAGUGCAGGUGUGGGCACCAGCAUGCCCAGCUGUCCCACCACCAUCACCACCAGCCAGCGUGGAGCUCCUGCCCAGCGCUGCCUCCACACAACAGGGAACGUCCUGCUCAUUUCCAAGACAGCCAGUGCUUCAGACAGCCCUCCCGCAGACACACCCACAGCCUGCCGAGGGACCCAUGGGUGCAGGGCAGCUUCCUCGACAUCAGGCCCAAGAGUCCAUCCAGCGAGCAGAGGAAGGGCCUGAGGAGCCAGCUGACCACCCUCUACCCCCAGAGCAUGGUGGAGCAGGUCAUGAACGCUUACCCGCAUGUCUCAGACAUGUCCGAACUGAUUUCUCUGAUCCAGAGCUACAGAACCAACCAAAUCUCCUUCUAAGACUUUUUGUUGGUUCUUUCAAACUGAGCCCACAUUGGAGUUCUCAUCCCAGAAACGAAGUGAAAACUGAGAACAUUUCUUCAAAUGACUGUGAAUUUAUAUUACAAAACGUACCAGAACUAUUCUUCUUGUUUGACCUCAUUGCAAACCUACCCUUUAGCAUUAAAAAGUGACUCAAUCUGAUAAAGUCUAGAAAAUGUAGCAGACUGAAUGCUAUUUCUUUAUCUUUGUGUAAAAGUGCAAUGCACUACGCUCCAUAUGAGCUACUUAUUGUAGCACCAACAAAUGUUUAAUUUAAAGCAGCAUGUGUUGUUUUCCCAUGUUGCCUCAAAGUGAGGAACGCUAUGCUCUGUACUUCUGUAAAGAAUGUCACUGGCAAGUUUUUAAUAUGCAUUCUGAAGGCUUGUGUUUUUGCUCUGAAUGUGGAAAACAAAGAGUACUCAAACCAGUCUGGAUGUUUGUCUGUGUUGCAUAUAUGAACCUGUGUUUAUAGAUAGGUUAUAUUAAAAUAACUGCUGCUCUCUGCUGGUUAAAGCGUCAAAGUGUUGCUGUGGUCCCAUCAGUGUUGACAAAGCAGGUGUUUUCCAUCACACAUGGAGCUUAUGUACCUGCCGUUUCAUGCUGGAGCCAGUUCUCAACCCCACCUGGUAGAUUUUUAAUGUAACGUUGCAUUUCCCAUAAAGUCGAUGAUUUGAUACAGAUUAAAAAACAAAUAAUCCAAAAUAUCCAAGAAAUUG